GGCCACACUGCUUAGUAAUAGUCAUUGAAUUGAAUGAAAAUAAAGUCGCACAAUUAGGUGUCUUGUCGAGAAGUUACAGAGAGUCAGCGAAGAUGUACCAGGAAUACCUCAACCAAUUACAGGCCUCUAUCGCUCCAAUGGGCUCCGAGGAGCUAAAGGAAUUGCUGAACAACGAUGACAAGCUGGACGAGAAGGUUGACGAAGUUCUCCAGGGGCUCCGAACACAGAAGACUAGUGUUUUUGAGGACAACAGGAGUCGGGCGGAACGCAACAUCGAGCGGGAGCCCCAGAUCAUCGAGCUGCGGAGCCGGCUGGCGGAACUCUCGGAGGAGGGACGCUCCAAGUGCUCCUCUGUCCAUGAAAAACUUUCCCAGCUUAAGGAGAAGUCGGGCGCAGUGGGUCCGGAUACGGCGCUGGCUCUGCUGCAGACAGCUGCCUCCGAGAGCGAGGAGCAGACCGAGGAGAUGGUCAAGAAGUUCAACGACAGCGAUAUUGGGGUGGAGACCUUUCUUGAGGAGUUCCUCGCCAGACGGCGGACCAUGCACCUUCGUCGCCUCAAGGCCGAGAAAAUGCAGGAAUUGAUGCGGAAACAGCGACAGGGUCCGUCAAAUACUUCAUUGCCAGCUUACGGAAACGUGCCCUCGGGCGGAUUUUAUCCCGUGGCGGGGGGCUCUGCCCCUUACCCAAUGAUGGGUCCCCUGAUGCCCAUGCCACCGCCAUCCAGACCCUACUGAGAUCUCGGCCAAAUUAGAUCUCUCAAAUUAACUGCCAUGGCGCAUCAAUCUGCAGCAGAAUCCUCACUUUAAGUACAUAUUGCUUCAGUUUCAUCUUCUGAUUACAGUGGGUGAAUUGCAGAUCAGAGGAAGCUCUCCGGUGCACACAUCUGCCUGCACUAAACUAUGAUAUAUAUAUAUAUGUAUAAAUUAAGCGAAAAUUAACAUUUCUAUUAGACAGUGGACAUUUCUUGUUAAAAUAAAAACUUUUUGGAUAAAAAAUUAAA